UGCUCCAACAAGUUUUUUAAAAAUAUUUUUUAAAAAAGGAAGGAAGCAGAAGAAGUGAGCUGUGUGGGAGCCCACCAGCCAUGUGCUCUCCUUCCUGUCUCCUCCCACCAGCCUAGCUUCCUCCUCCUUCUCUCAUCAUAUCAUUACUAUUACCUCCUCCUCCUUCUUCUUCUUCUUCUUCUCGUGUGUGAGAUAGAGAGUCUUGUUAUAACAUCUAUAGUGUGAAUAUCCCCCACUUCACGGAAUAAAAUCCAUGGCCAACAACGACGGAGCUGUCACUAACGGCGUCAUACUCGAGCAGAUCAAAGGACCCCUUAACGCCGUCAAGAAACCCCCUUCUAAAGAUCGUCACAGCAAAGUCGACGGCAGAGGUAGAAGGAUUCGUAUGCCUAUCAUUUGCGCCGCUCGUGUUUUCCAGCUCACCCGAGAGCUUGGUCACAAAUCCGACGGUCAAACCAUUGAGUGGCUCCUCCGCCAAGCCGAGCCUUCUAUCAUUGCCGCCACUGGCACUGGCACUACUCCCGCUAGUUUCUCCACCGCUUCUCUCUCCACUUCUUCUCCCUUCACUCUCGGUAAACGCGUCGUCAGAGCUGAGGAAGCAGAGUCCAACGCCGGAGGAGGGUUAACUGUCGGACACACUAUGGGGACUACUUCCUUGAUGAGUGGCGCUGGUGGUUCUGCUGGGUUCUGGGCUGUUCCGGCGAGGCCGGAUUUCGGACAAGUUUGGAGCUUUGCAGCCGGAGCUCCACCGGAGAUGGUAUUUGCUCAGCAGCAGCAACCAGCUACACUCUUUGUCCGUCACCAGCAACAGCAACAACAACAACAGCAAGCUUCCGCUGCCGCAAUGGGUGAGGCUUCAGCAGCUAGAGUUGGGAAUUAUCUACCGGGUCAUCAUCUCAAUCUGCUUGCUUCUUUGUCUGGCGGAGCUAACGGGUCCGGUCGGAGGGAAGACGACCACGACCCACGUUGAAUAAAAAGGGUCUUUGUCUUUUUGGUAUGUAUAGAGAGAUAAGUCCUAUGUUUUUAUGUCAUCCGAAAGUGUUUUAGGAGAGUAUUUAUUUGGCUCUUAUAAUUCUAGUUGAUGCUAAGCUUACAAUUGCGUGUUUUGAUUAGGGUUUUAGGGGUUUAAGAUUAUCUGGAAAUUUGUUUUGGGAGAUUGAAAGAAACAGAGAUCCAUUGAUUGAUUGAUUAAUUGUA